UUCGGAUACAUUUGCAUGUGCUCGUUCAACCGGAACAAGAUUACUAAGUAGGAAGUUAGUGCAGUUUCAGAGAUGUUUUUACUUGCAAAAACAUGUGAAUAUUAUUAAUUUGGAAGUUCAUUGUGUUUAUGCAUUCAGAAUGAAGCGUGUUGGAUAUUGGAUGAGUGAGAAGAAGAGCAAAAAGCUCAACUUUGAAGAGCAUGUGGAUAUGUUCAGGAAUGCAGGUGUUGAACUGUUGAAGAUUGACAUUGAAAAGCCAUUGGAAGAACAGGGACCAUUUGAUAUGAUACUUCAUAAGUUUACAGAUAUACUGGUGAAAGCACAGCAAGGAUAUAUCACAGAACAAAGAAUUAUGAGAAAUAUAGAGGAUUAUAUAGAUAGUCAUCCAGAGUGUAUAGUUGUUGACCCACUGGAUGGUAUCCGUAAGCUUCUAGACAGACAUGAACAAUAUAAUCUUGUACUAGAUUGCAAUACUGUAAAUACUGAGUCAUACAUGUUCAUACCAACUUUUGUGGAUCUCACAAGUAAAGAUGUUGAUGAAAAUAGAAAAAAACUGCUGGAUGCAAAUGUUCAGUACCCUUUUGUAUGCAAACCUAUUGUGGCUCAUGGGACUCAAGAUUGUCAUAAAAUGGCUGUGAUAUUUAGUGAGGAAGGUUUGAAGGACAUAACACCACCUUGUGUAGCUCAGACAUUCGUCAACCAUAAUGCACUACUGUAUAAAAUUUUCAAGAUCGGCAGCAAACAAUAUAUAGGUCAUCGUCCUUCGCUGAAAAAUCUUUACGCUGGUGACCACCCUACCAUAUUUUUUGACACACAUGAAGUUUGUAAAAGCGAUUCCUCACAUCACUUGACCAAGCUAGACUAUGAGGAUCAGGAUUGCUCCCCACUCAAACCUAACCUCGCCCAGCUGAACGCACUCAGUGAGACCCUAAGACAGAAGCUCGGACUUGACCUGUUUGGCGUGGAUGUUAUAAUAGAAUGUGAUACACAGAGAUAUGCUGUCAUUGACAUCAAUGUCUUUCCAAGCUAUGAUGAAGUAGACAACUUUUUUUGUGAUUUGUUGGACCAUCUUCUGUUCUUGUUGAACAAGCAACAGGACAAACAUUCCAUCAUCUCCCAGACAACCACUUCCCAGCAUGCCUUACUCAAACAGACUGGUCGCUCAAGCUCUCUUGAUUCUUGCUCAGAACGGAUAGCCACAAAACGGCUUAAGACUGUGGACCAGUCGAAAGAAAGAGAAUGUGACUGUGAUAGUGUAACUUUCCCAAGGGCAGUGUGUAGAUAUGACUCAAACUGUUGCAAGCAUAAACAGGAAGUAAUGUCACAGCAGGAGCGCAGAAAUCAAAGAAAUUCUGCUGGGAAGACGUCUGCAAGUCGUAUUUUAGACGAUAUGUGAUUGUUAAGUUUUAAAAGUUGUUAAAGCAGGGAAAAUAAUGUCAUGUUAAGAUUUGUACAGAUAUUUAUACCAGUCAUAAGCUUUUUAGCAAGUUAUGGAAUUAUGCAAUUGUUAUAUAAAACCUGCGUUACCGGUAAAUUGUUUUUAGGUUACUGGACUUCAGACCACCUUAGAAUAGGCCUACAUGUAAUUUUAUGAUAGUUUUUAUUUUCAUGUGACAAAACAGUUCAGCAUUAUAUAAUUUAGUCAGUUACGUAAUGGCAUCUACUUAGAUUAUAUUACUUUUCAAUCCAAUAUCACAGCUAUUGUGACACUAUCUAGUGGCAUUGCUCUUAAAAUUUAUCAAUAAACGAGACUAAAUAGUAUUUCUAUUUAAAGGGACUCCACUGAGGUUUUUAGACAUGGAAAUAUUUUUCUGAAAUUUGUUAACCAUUUGUUUAAAUCUGAACCAUUAACUUUCUGGCAAGAUCAUUCCCACACCCCAUCUUUCCAGAAUUAUUUUGAAAAUGAAAAGUGUUUAACGAUAUUCACUCAAAUUGGGCUAAAAAAAUGCACUAUCGAUUUUAAUUAAAUUUUGUGUAUAUUUCUUUACUUCCAUGUGCAGAUUUUUCCAUUUAUAGUGCUUAACUUGAUCUUUUUGAAAAUUCAGAUUUUAUAUUUUUAGAAAAAAGCCCUCAGUGGAGCUUCUUUAAGUAUAUAGCCGUGGCUUUUUUUUAUAUUUAUCAAAUAUUUUUCAAAUAUUUUUAACGAAGAAAAAGUUUUAUCUGUCUUUUUGCCAAAAUUUAUAACCAUGGUCUUAAAAUUAUCUAAUUGGUCUUUACUAGAAGUUAUGAAGAAGUCACUUAACUGCUGAAUUGUAUGAAAUAUAUUUUUGUACUCAUACCUAUUACAUUCUGUAUAUAUUGUAUAUUGAACCUUUUUAAUUUUUUUCUUUUGUAUAUAAAUAUAUAUAUAUAUAUGUUGGUGUUUUGAAGACUGUGAUUUUUUUAUAGUAUCUUUGUAUUCUUUGGAUAAUGGGGAGUGCUUAUAUUUCUUCACUUUGUUAUUGAAUAGAAGUGUGUCUAUGCAUAAAGCGUGUGCUUUCAUCAUUUUCAAAUAAAAAAAACAAUUAGAAGAGUUUUUAAGUAAUUGCUCGGUAUAUUUUAAAAACUUAUCAGUAUUUUUUAAAGAACUUUGAUAUUUAAUGCAACAAUCUCUCUAUCCAAUGAGGUUUCAUGGCAAUACUGUCAGUAUUCUAUGAGGAUUUUAAUGCAACAUUCUAUUUUCUAUGAGAUUUUAUGGCAACAUUCUAUUUUCUAUGAGAUUUUAUGGCAACAUUCUGUUUUCUAUGAGGUUUUAUGGCAACAUUCUGUUUUCUAUGAGGUUUUAUGGCAACAUUCUGUUUUCUAUGAGGUUUUAUGGCAACAUUCUGUUUUCUAUGAGGUUUUAUGGCAACAUUCUGUUUUCUAUGAGAUUUUAUGGCAACAUUCUGUUUUCUAUGAGGUUUUAAUGCAAAAUUCUAUUUUUCUAUAACGUUUUAUGGCAAUUUUUUCAGUAUUUAUUCUAUGAAGACUUUAAUGCAACAUUCUAGAUUAAUCAUAAAAGGUUUGAAUGCAACACAUGGUAUUUUUAUGUUUUACGGAACAAAGGAAAAACAGUUUUGCCUUAACAUGAUUAUAAUAGUUGGUUAUGAAAAACAUGUAUUGACCAAGAAUAAAAUACUAGUAGAUGUAAUAUUAGCAUUUUUAUCCUUAAAUAUUUCAUAUCAUUGACAAAGAAUCUGUAUUCAUAUAUAUUCUACAUAUUUUGCUGAAUUUACUACUUAUGAAACGUCUUACAACACAGAAAAUUAUUGAUAAAAGGUCAUGGCGUUUCUUUCCUUAAUAUUAUUCAAAAUUAAUUUAUGAUGACAAAUUAUUUCCCUUGUCAAUUUUGUGUCUAUGUUGCUCACUUGGUCUUUAAGAGCUGUUACAUAUAAGUGUAUUUUAAGACAUAUCCAAUUAGUUACUUGAUUUUAAUUCACUUUUAUUUGUAGCUAAAAACAGACUCUCUGUAUUUCUUAUUUUAAAAGCAACAA